AUGCCUCUGAAUACGGUGGCAUUGAGCUUUGCUCUCACUCCUGCCGUUCUCUCGACGUUUGUCUCUCAUUACAUACAUCGGAAAUCGCUGCACCAUAAACCCAACAUCCAUGUCUCCUACGAUGAAGGAAUCCACAUUUUCCGCGAAUUUCUCGCCUACGCCUCCAAACACACCGUCGAGGACAUUCAAGCCUUCACCACCCAAUGGGUACCCAGUCCGCACUGGGUGAGGACGGAGACGGUCACCAUCCCCAAUAAAUACCUGACAGCCGCCGCGAACACCCUUAUCGAGCAAUUAGGUCCACAUGGCAUAAAACGCGUCGGUGGAAAAGAGUGGUGGCAAUGGCGUGGCCCCGCCGAGGAUCUCAAGGGUGAAUGGAUCGAAAUGCGAAACGACCAUAACGAGAGAAAACGGGCCAAUGGGGACCAUCCCAGCCAGAAGCGCAUUAUGCUGUACAUCCAUGGGGCGGAAUACCGCCUGGCGCCACAGUAUCCCUUUCCGUGUGCGCUGCAGGACUCGUUGUCGGCGUACCUGUUUCUCUUGAAUCAGUAUAAACCCAACGAGAUUAUUUUUGCCGGUGAUUCUGCCGGCGGAGCGUUGGUGCUCUCCACAUUGGUCACCGUUCGUGAUCAGGGGCUUCCUCUUCCUGCAGGUGCAAUCUUAAUCUCCCCUUGGGUGGACCUGACGCACUCCUUCCCCAGCAUUGUUAAAGAUAAUCCCGGCGACUACAUCCCCCCUUACGGCUUCCGGCAUAAACCGUCGGCAGCAUGGCCGCCGCCUAGCGCAGACGAUGUUCUCUCGAUCAAAGAGGCGAUUGGCAAGAAACGAGCCUCGCAGAUCAAAGUUCCGGAAUCCAAUAUACCCUCACGUGGUCGGGCGGAUGAAGCCGUAGCCAAGGGCUACUCGGUUGAGGAUAACAAUCCACCUCUCACAGACGCCCCUGCGGACCAGAGACCAGAUGCAAAAUAUGAGGAGCUCUACAACGUCAAGGUUCCCAUGGACGGUAAGACAGUUGAAGUCAAAGACCAGAUCCAUAUGUACACGACCAAUCAGCUGCUGUCACAUCCAUUGGUAUCACCUGUCUUACAGGCCUCGCUUGGAGGUCUCCCGCCUCUUCAGAUCAUGACCGGGGGAGGCGAGAUGCUCCGUGACGAACAAAUCUACCUCGCGCACAAAGCUGCGAAUCCGCCGGCCUAUCCACCGGCCGAUGCUUACUUGGAUGAGCAUGAUCCGAAUCGCGAAACUCUGCACAAAUACCCCGGAACAUACGUUCAGCUGCAGGUCUGGGAUGACCUUUGUCAUGUAGCACCGACCCUCAGCUUCACCCGUCCGGCCAAAUACAUGUAUAGAUCAGUCGCCCAAUUUGGGGCGUGGGCGCUUGCUUGUGCGCAGGAAUCUCGCAUUGACAUCCUUGAUGACAACGUCGUCUCUCCCAUUUCUUCCAGUGACACAGACACCCCGAAAACACCUGCCGACACGGCAACAGAGAAGCCAGUCUCUAAUGGUGCCGUUUCCUCCGUCGGCAUGGCUGGCGAUCCACUGCCCCCGUUUAAAGACGGAAUGGUGCGGCAGAGAGUGGACAAACGAGGCCGUAUCUACCCCCUGCCUCCGCCAUCUUCGUACUCCAUCCUCCAACUUCCCAGUUCGCACGUGGGAUCCUUCAACCCGGAGCUCGUCAAGAAAUGGCUCGCAGGCAAAGAGGAAUGGGACGUUAAGUUUGCCAAGGAGAAGCUGCGAGUGCAGCAGCAGCGACUGAAGGAACUGGCCUAUGGCUUUGAGGAUUUCGAGAACGAAUUUCCACCCCCGUGUUCCCUGGCUGCGCGGAAAGAGGCCCCCGGUGUAUUGCCUUCGCGGAAUGGCCGCAAGAGCUAUCCGAUGACACUGUGGAGCCACUGGGCUAGCAAGCAUGACGAGAAGACCAUCGAGAGGGAGCGACAAAGGGACAGCGACGCCCGGCGGAUCAGCGUGGAGGCAGGAAAGGCGGGGGCGUCACUCAAGAAGCCGUCGAAUCGUGAAAACAGUGAUGUACCUACGGUCGGGCAACCGCAGCCCCCUGUCUUCAAUCUAGGACAAUCUAAGCCUGCUGCCCUUGACGUCGAAAAGGCGAACGAGGAACUCUCGUCCGGGGAAAGGAACAGCCCUGACACGACCACCAGCACGGGCACGCAGACACGCCUCCACCUUCUCGACAAGACCCACAGCCCUCUCAUCGUUCUACCCGCCUACGAAUCUAAGCGGUUCGGAGAAGAGGCAGCCAGCACGCAGUCACUCUUCCACGCUCCCGGGAUUAUCGCCCCAACUUCAGACCCCUACGCCCCGCGACACCGACACCGACCUUCGUCUCAUGCUGGCUCGGGCACGAUCCGCAGCGGCAUGACCUCCGAUGUAGCCGAUGAUGUCAGCACCCUCGGUGACAAGUCCUUGGCUAUCACCAGCACCGGCGUCGAUGCCGCCAGCACCCGGGCCGUCCUCAACGCCGCGGGGGUCGUGAACACCAUGAACGAUGUAGACUCGAAGUCUCGUUCCGUGGAGGCUCUUUCCAUGUCCCAUGGCUCGGCAGGUCUGGCGAGUACGUCUUCCUUAGGUGGGAAGAGCGAGGUGGUAGAGAAUGGGAUGGAAUCUUCCCGUCCCGGCAUGCCGGAACGUGAUGUCUUCAGGACCGCUGACGAGUACAUACCGGGUCAUUGA